AUGGCACGGUGCAGGUGUAGUGGAAGAGCAUUGUGCCUUUGUCUUCUUCCAUUUUUGAUGAUGAGUCAUAUUUUGGUGUACAUUAUGAUAACCAUAUUUGUCGCCAUGUCCUACACACCCGAGCCUCAGCCUCUGCCUCUUCGUUUCAUAGCCCCUGGAGUGUCAUCGAACUCUGGAGCUCUUGCAUCACAUCCUCUCAAUGCCUUCUGGAACUUGCGUUUGGUGGAGGGUGCUUUGUGGAACCGCCUUCAGCACCUCAAAGACAGAGAAAACAAUCCGAUAUUGAGAGGAAACACCACAGGGGGCAGGGAUCCAGGCACUCAAAGUACUAACAUACAUGGAAAGAAUGGUUCUCUUCCAUGUCACCCUGAGCAUCACUGGGCAUCUCAACUGCCUGAUUUUAACACUAUGCCUGAGCAGAUGAAGGACUUUGUCUUGUCCAUGCAUUGUCGGAACUACACCCUCCUGAUGAACCAGCCUGACCUGUGCAAUGGACAAGAUACCAAGACAGAUGCCCCUAUGCUAUUUAUGGCAAUUAAGUCCCAGGUCGGAAACUUUGAGAACAGACAGGCCAUUAGGGAGACAUGGGGGAGGACUGGCUGGGUGCAGGAAGAUGCAGGGAGAGAAAGGUGGCAGGUUCGCACUGUCUUCCUGCUUGGAAGGCAGGACAUAACAACAGGUCCCCAUCCGGACCUUGAGGCACUUUUGCAGCUAGAGAGCAUCAUUCAUAAGGACAUACUGCAAUGGGAUUUCAGAGACACAUUCUUUAACCUCACCUUGAAGGAUGUGCUUUUCUGGGACUGGCUCUCCGUGCACUGCCCACAGGCCCACUUCAUCUUUAAAGGAGAUGAUGAUGUUUUUGUUAGGACCGGUGCUCUCUUAGACUACUUAAAUGAACAUCAUGCGCCUUUACAAGGGAAAAUUAAGAAAGUAAAGGACAAUUUCCUUGUAGGAGAUGUGAUUUCUAAUGCUUGGCCCAGCCGCCAGCCCACAGCUAAAUAUUACGUACCUGAGAGUUUUUAUAAAGGUGUGUACCCAACAUAUGCAGGUGGAGGAGGAGUGGUGUACUCUGCCGCUCUGGCCAUGCGGCUGCGAGCAGUCUCACACUGGGUCAGUUUGUUCCCCAUUGAUGAUGUGUACAUGGGGAUGUGUCUCCAGAGACUGGGUGUUUCCCCUAGUCAUCAUCCUGGGUUUUUGACCUUCGACCUACCUGAGGCCAAGAGUGAGAAGCCAUGUGCUUACCACAAAGUACUACUGGUGCAUAAGCGCAGCCCCAAAGAGAUGCUUACACUAUGGAAAGACCUAAAGGCUCCACUUGCGGAGUGCUAGUACAGAGACAGGAGAGUAAUGGAAAGACUUCCUCUGAUUUGUAUAUUGUAUACCAUGAAUAAUAAGCCCUGUCUUUUUAAAAAACAAGACAGAUUUGAAUACCUUCAGGUAUUUUCAUAACAGUGGAGUGUAAUUAUUUGCAUAAUAAAUAGUUCACUCUGUGGUCUGUUUGAUUUGAUUAUGAAUGCUGGUUACUGAAGUCAUUAUGCAUGAAUAUUGUGUCAUGAUAGAAUGAACCAUUUUUUUUUUUUUUUUUGUUUAUUGCAAUGUUAUGUUGUUUUCGUCUAUUGUAAUGGUAUGUUGUUUUCCUAAGGUUUCUAUGUAUGGUUCUCAAUUUGUCUCUUAUACUUUAUUAGGCAUAUAUAUGUACAUAUAUUUACAAGUCAAAUCAUGUUAUUCCUGUAAAAGCUGUAGAUUUAUGCACAAAUUUUUCAUUUAGAUAAAAAUGUAUUUGCAACACAUAUGCAGUUUUGCAUUUUCCAUGUGGAUAAAAGGUUCAAGUUUUAUUGAUAUUGUUUGAUUUCUUCACGUUACAUAAAGUUCAAUUGCUCUGGGACAUGGUACGCUUCCCUGCAAACCAUUGAGUAAUGAACCAGUAAUCCUGAAACUGUAAUAUCAACAUGGUACAAUAUCGACCCACUACUGCCUUUUGUUAUGGGUUAUAUACUGUAUCAUAUACUGUAAAGGCAUUUAUAGUAAGUUUUUAUAUAAUAACUAAAAGGUCUCAGACUAAAGUAAUAUAUGUUUGAAUAAUUUUGUA